AUGAGUGACUACAAGGCCUCGAAGGAGGCUUUUGUCUCUGGAAUGACUGGCUCGACAGUAUUUCAUGUAAAUAUGAUAAGCGGCGUUGCAUUGUCCUCGAUCGCCCUUCAUUCAGCACUGCGUUCGCGUGUUCAAGCAUUUGGAUCCGCAUAUUUCUUGGCAGAGUUUGUAAUACUUGCCGUGCCUAUGUUACUGUCUAUGACUUUAUUCGCGGAAGCUCCUGGCGCACUAUCCCUCCUACUACUCGUACCGAUGCUUGUUUUGCUCCUUCUUCCCCCUCUUGAAAGAGGCACGCCUUUACCGGCUGAAAGUCGAGAUGAACUAGCUUCACCCAAUGGAAGAAGUCGAGCAGAGACUCCACUGACGCACUUAUCCCAGACCCUCAGACCCUUACCUGCUCUGACCACCUACCGUGCUCACAUGAUGUUAAUGACAGUUCUGUCUAUACUUGCUGUUGAUUUUCCAGUGUUCCCCCGUGUUCUAGCAAAGUGUGAGACGUAUGGUGUUUCUUUGAUGGACAUUGGCGUUGGCUCGUUUGUAUUCUCUCAAGGCGUGGUGUCUGCGAUUCCAAUCAUCAAAGACAUAUCCUACCUCCAGGCUCCGAUCCUGCCUAAACUGAAGUCCGUCUCCCGUAAAAUGAUACCCAUCAUUGUGUUAGGCAUUCUUCGCGUCGUGCUCGUGAAAGGCACUGAAUAUCCUGUAGGGUCUUGCAUAGUUUGCAUGUCACGCCUACCGCUUAACAAGUACAACCAGGAACAUGUGACAGAGUACGGCGUACACUGGAAUUUCUUCUUCACGUUUGCGCUUUUGCCUAUCAUCGAGGUCUUGUUGCAUCCUAUCAUCUUGCGUAUCCCCGUCGCUCUGUUGGGUCUUUGGAUUGGAGUUUUGCAUCAGUUCGCACUGUCAUCCGGAGGAAUGAAGGACGUACUGCUCAACGCCUCACGGAGCAACAUUGUUUUCGCGAACAAAGAGGGGUUGCUAUCAUUGCUGGGUUAUGUUUCGAUCCACAUACUCGGCCUGUCCUUAGGAACCAUCAUACUUCCUCCUUCCCCUUCGUUUUUCCGGAAGCAGCAGCGGCAGUUACUCGACGGGCCAUCCUCUCACCGACUUAGCAAACUUGAUCCUUCGGCACCCAGACAGAAUGCAAAGAUCAUCAUUGAGUUGAUGUCGUAUUCAGUGGUUUGGUGGAUGCUUCUGGCCUUCGUGAGGCUUGGAUUAGAAGUUUCGAGAAGAAUGGCAAACAUCUCAUACAUCCUCUGGGUCGCAGCUUACAAUACCUCUUUCAUCCUUGGUUACAUUUUCCUCGACAUGGUGUUCUUUCCCACCAGAACAUCAAAGAUACGAGAUCCGACUGAUCCUUCGGGCAAACGGCUCCUCAUUGAGGAAAAGGGGCUGAAAAGCAGCGCACCUGCGCUGUUGGAGGCCAUUAAUAAGAAUGCAUUCAUUUUGUUCUUGCUGUCAAAUGUGGCCACCGGUUUGAUCAAUCUCAAUAUCCAGACUAUGUUCGUGGGACACAUGAAGGCAAUGUGUUUAUUGUGUGCAUACUUUAUGGGCAUGUGCAUUUUUGCAUGGCUUUUUAGAAGGAUUCGGUUAUGGAAGAUGUGA